AUGUUGUACAGUUGUUUCACUUCUGUUUUGGCUCAAGUUGCGCUGCAAGGGAGUAGCGAACGUAGCUCCGCUUACCGCGAGACUCUUUGCGAGCAAAAGGCAGCUGCGCCCGUCGGUGUGGGCGUGUUCGCAAUUGGGGGCUGUUCUGGGAAACGGUCCUGUUUGGAUCGUUCGCGGUUCGCGGGUGCGUUUCGCCCCGCUGAACGCGGCGUGUCUUUGGGGCCGCGGGCUGUGCUCGUGGUUCACGGCACGGCGAUCAACGCGGGCCGGGUGCCGACGCCAGGGGAGUUGUCGUUCCCGCAGUGGCAGGCCUGGCGGCGAGACGAGGGACGUCGUCCUACAGUCGCGAGGGAUGGAAGAGGCAUCCGGACGCGAGACGAAGUGGCCCUUUGGAGAGAGGUCAUGGCCGCCCUCUAUGGAGAAGGGAGGGCCGACGAGUUGGCUUCGGAGGAUGAAGGGGAGCAGGCACUGGCUAUCAGAGGUUUGUCUCCCUCUGAGCCGUACUCUCCGGAAUCCGCUCCUGGAUCGGUCGAAGAGGGCCGGGGGGCCAGUCCUCGUCCUUCCUCUGCAGGAGCAGGCGGAGGUGCCAGCGUGGUGAGCCUCAGGGGCAAAUUGGAUGCGCUCUACGACCCUACCGCUGAGGACUUUGGUGCGUAUCUCAUGAGGAUGGGGAGAGUGAUUAAUGCGCUGAACAGUCUUGACGCUCAGAUCCCAGCGGGUAUGUUGGAAAAGGUCACCAGAAAGGCGGAGCUGGUGAUUGAGUUGUACGCAGAAUUUGGAGAGCUGAGCCGAGGCAAAGGGGUGAAGUUCUUAAGGGACAAGUUCGUAGCAACCGUUCAAGACGAGAAGCUCGACGCAACGGAAAGAGAACUUUCAGUCCAAGCCAUCGGCGAGAUCAUUGAAAGGCUCGGAGGACGGUUGAGCAGUAGCCCUGACAAGCUCUUCAGCACACCUUCGGAUGAUCAGAAAGGUGCUGGAGCGGGCCAAAAGGGGACGGGCUCUGCUCCGUCAGCAAAGGUGAGAGUGCCAGAGCGACCAAAGGGAAACGGAGAUUCGCCGAUGCAGGCCAGAUUGGCGGCCUUGGAAAUGGAAUUGGAAGCCUUAAGACAAGAAAGGGCAGGGUCUGACGCAGCCUCGAUGGCGAGCGGGCAGGAACAGACCCUGGCCGCGGCGCUUGAGGAACAAACCAAGGUUCUCAAGGAAGCGCUCGCGGGCCGAGGGAAGGACACGUCAAUCACUUCGGUGAAAACUGACUUGCAUUGGCCCACCUUGGGAGAUGAAAGAGCUGACUCCCGGGACGUGUCUCAGUUUUACGAAGAAUUUGAAGAUGUCUGUGGUCUGGCAAACUCUUGCCGCGGCAUGGGCCAUAGAGAGAUGCUUCUGGCGUUAAGGGCUCGUUGCCGCGGUUCACGCCUCAAGACAUAUCAGAAUAUGUACAAGGCUGCAUGGAAGGCCGGUGAGGUUCUCAGCGACCCAGGCUCAGUCUAUGAAAAGAUCAAGGCCAAACAUCUGAUGUUUAGUGAGAGCCGGGAAGAGCGUGAGAUCAGAAUUGAUGCUGAGCACGCGGCGCUGAUGAAGGGUCGCCUCACGGGGCAUCAGUUCGAGCCUGUCUUUGAAGCGUCGGUUGCGGAGCUUGAGGCUGUCGGGUUGGGGAAGACCCCUAGAGAACUCUUCCUCAGCUACCUUCGGAAGAUGCCGCCGUCGCUUCAGAAGGAAAUCAGAGCUGAUAAGAGGAUCUGGGGCGAGGAAGAUCGGAUGCGCGGCGCACAGACAUGGGAAGAGGCGCACAGGGUGGUCCUUGAGAUUGAACAACGCGAAGCCACCAAUCGCGCCACCGCCAAUGCCGUGUAUGCUGCCGCUCCAAGCGCAAGCGCCCAGAACUCAGAUCCUCGGCCGAACGCCAAUCCUCAGGGCCCGGGUCCCAAACCAAAGGCGAAGGCAAAGCCCACCCAGGUUGGAGUCACCGCGGGGGAUCCUCGAAAGGAGAGGCUUUGUUGGGAUUUUCGGGACCACGGAUCUUGCAGAAAGGGCCGGGAGUGUCCUUUCUCGCACGAUAAGGAGCUGCGCAAGAAGGCGUUGGAACAGAAAGGAAAAGGAUUAGCGAAUCCUUUCGCAGCUUUCACUGUGGUGACAUGCGGGCCAAACGACCCUGCGCCAAAGCCUGCGGUCGCUGCUGCCGUUCUCGCGGCAGCGACGCGGCCGGAGCAAAAUCCUAAGUCCAAAGCUGAUGUGUUCACUAGCCUAGACCAAUUGCCGAAGGAUUGGUGGAAGGUUGUGGAGAAUGAACGAGGCGGAUAUCAGUAUAAGACCGUUACCAAGGUGUUGGAUAAAAUGGUAGAGACGCUGCUGGACGGAGGGGCUGGAUCCAACCAUGUCACUGAAGAGUUGGUUGUCAGCAUCCUCAAUAGAGCGGCGGCGCUUGGAUUGAAACCAGGCGACAAGGGAUUCCCGAUCGUCCAGUUUGAGCAAUGGGUCUAUCCGGAGUUCGUCCAUGGAAUUGCGAGCGGCUCUCCAGUCCCUCUCAAGGGGUCUGUGGUGCUGAAGGUACGGUUGCAAGAAGGCCCUGAUACAGAUCGGUGCGUGGACGGUCAUGAACUCUACGUCCGUUGCAAGAUCGCUGCCAAGGGAACCAGCGAUUGGCACGGGUUGAUUCUCGGCGGGCGCGCCCUCGACUGCGAGGCGCGUCGCGGGCUCGGUUUCAGGCCUGGACCACAGGCGCAUAUCUUGGACACCCUGGGCGUCCAGAUCCCGAGGUGUGAAGACGCGUCGUCCGAAAGGAAGGAUCGGGCUUACGUAUUCCGCUCAGUAGUAUCAGGCGUAGAAGCCGGCGCCGAGGAUUUUUGUGAACCGUGUACUGGCAGGAAGGCGGCUGUCGUCUUUACAGGUGAAGAGGCAGUGCAGCUGCUGCCUGGGGAAGGUGCCCUUGUGCCGGUUCAAGUUCAAGGAGAAUGGAUUUCGGAAGCUUCAGAGUGCGAGGCGGUUUUGCCGAUUGAAGGAAAGAUCGAAGUUGUUCCUGGUUUGUGGAACACUGGCGGCCGAGAAGGCAUGGUGCUGGUGACCCCGCGGCACGACGAAGCCGUGUUGGAAAAGGGGGACCCAGUGGCUGAGUUGAGGAGCGGCUUGGCCGCGUCCACUCUUUGUGGGUGCGGGGCUGUCGACACCGUAUUUCAAUCCGCAGGUCCGCCGUCAAAAGCGAGAUGCAAGGACUGCGGAGGACCCCGGAUGGAGGUGGAAAAUCGGAAAUGCUACGCAUGCGGAGUCGAAAGGACGAAAGAAGUUCACCGCCUGCAGGGCUGCCGUUGCGGCCGAAGGCCCCGAGAACGUGCUUCUCAAGGAAGUAAGGCUCGAGGCUAUGGGCUCCUGGCUACUAUGGUGGGAUUGGUUUCGCUCGCUACAGGAGCACCAAACAACUUUGCUUACGUGGCUCGUGAUGGCCGCGAAGAGAAGUCGGAUCACUGGGCGACUUUCCCUGCCUAG